CAUUAUGCGCCGCAUAUGUUCUAUGCUCAAGGAUAUGUGACAUGUAGCGUGUGUGUGUGUAUUAAUAUCUGUGCUACAUUUGUGUUUAUAGUGAAACACAAGUAUUGAUGCUAUGUCUCUAGCUUUAUCGCGCUGUCUUUGGCAGGUUUUGUCCCGACAGACCGCUUCGUUGAGUUUAUUGGGAGAAAAUGUCCGGAGUCCUUGGUUUGCACCAGUGAUGACACUGAAGACAUCAGUUCCACUGAGUGCGGAGCCUAAGAAAAAGAAGAGGGUGGACCCCAGAAGGGAGCUGAUUAUGAGAGAGAGGCUGAGGAAGAAGCUGAAGAAGCUGGAAAAGGUUCCACCUGAGCUGAUUCCAAUAGAAGAUUUCAUCACUUCAACCAAAUGCCUUGAUGAGGCGAGGACACGCUCUGCUGCAAAGUUGUCAUUUGAAGAAAGCGAGGGUCGAGCCCUGCUUCUGAAAGAGUGGUGUCGAUACAAACAGGAACAGCACAUGGCUGAAGUGCAGGCCAUUGAAUCAGCUCUGGAGGCUCAGAGAGAGGCUCUGGAGGAGCUCAGGAUCGUGUCUGAAGAGCUGUACCAGGCAGCGCUAAAGCCAGACCCUCUUCUGUUUCCCUUUACACACGAGGGGCCGGUCCACACCCCGCCACAAGCCAAGUACGAAGCCCCUGAAGGGAAGUACAAUGACAUCACCAAAGUCUACACACAGUGAUGCGCAAGGGGCAUCUGGACGCACCUGGUGUGUGUGUGUGUGUGUGUGUCAUGUAUUUAGCUUAUCUUUGUUCAUGUGUGAACCAGCCAACUGACCUUUUAACACCUACACAUGUAGGUGCAAAGGAUAUUGGGAUGUUUUCUUCCACUGUCAACAAGAACUCAAGGCUGACAGUCACUGCACACUUUGUUUUUUUAAAGGUAAUGUUCAUUUGAUAUUUUGUCUGUAUUAAACACAAGAGAAGUAUAAGUUGUUUUGAUGUUCAACUUCUUAUUCAUAUAUCACCUAUAUUUGGGAUAAAGGUCUGUGAUUUUAGAAGCUGAAAUCUGUUUUAGAGGCAAAAUCACAGAAAUGAUAAUAAACACACAGGUGACCUAUUGAUUCCCCAGUAAAUCCACC